CAAGGGGGGAGGGGGGUCAAUUACCAGUGCUUCAUCCAAAGGUCAGUAAAUUUCUUGGCCUAAAAUUGUGUGAUGUGCAUUUUCUAGCUUGCUCAGUCAAUUCGUCCUAUAAUAUAUAAUAACAUCACAUUUUGAUUUAGUUCCAUUAUUCACUUUUUUGUCGCCCUUGAGCUGUGUAUGUCGAGAAUCUCCACGUAAACUUACAGUAAUUCGUGUUUAUUACGAUUUUGCCAACCGGCCCAGACCCUAACAUUUUAGAACACCACAGGUUUCCCGCGCACUCGCCCCAGGCUCUUUUAAACUAUUUAGAAAAACGAAAAAUUAGUUGAUAAAAAAAAUUAGCGCCAAAGCAAUCUCACGGUUUCUUGACUUCUAGUAGAAAAAAUAAAUCACUUUGUUAUCAAAUUGUCGGUCCCUAAUCACGGUUGAGAUGUUUCGCAUUUCGCAGUUAUUACGGAAAUCUAAAAAAUAAACACAUAUGACAUUUGCUAAAUCGUUUAGUAAACAAGCUCAGAGUACUAAGGAUUUGAUAGGAUAAAAAGAACAAGAGAAGCAAGAUCGCACCUUCACGACAUUGCAUUCCAAAGGCACGCGGGUAGCCAAACAACAAACAAAACAAAGCACAGAGCUUGCACGAGGCGAGGAAGAUAUCUCAAAAGCUUUACCCUUAGCAAGAAAACACAGCCAAGAAAAGGCUUCCCGCAGUAUGCAACCAGCUGUUGGCCUUUAUUUCCUCAGGCGUCAUGCGGAAAACAAGUCUGUUCACUGUCAAAGAGGAAAAGCCACCGAAAACUGCAAAAUUCCGGCCAAAGCGUGAGUCUCUAAAAGAAGAACCUUUCAAUGAGCAAACAGAGAAGCCGCCGAAACAUCCAACUUCCAUAUAUGGUCUUGUGGCGGCAAGAAACGUCUCCAAAGAACUCAAGGAUCGUAGCAAGCAGCUUAUGGUCAAAUUUCGAAAGCGUGGAGACUGGGGAGAGUAUGAUUUGAGUCAUUCGUGGUCGCCGGAGGACCUGGCCCCAGAGGAUGUCGGGAGUCGGUCCAGUCGACUCGCCAUGUUGGAAAGAGAGGCUAGCGAUUACUAUGUGAUGAUGUCGAGACCUUUUUUGAUGACACCGGUCAAGAGUUUCCAGCCUGAGAGAAUCGAACCAUUAAUUAAAGACAUUCUCGAAGAACAUCUCGACAAUCAAACCUACGAGCCCAACUUCUGUCGCUUAGCAGCUAUCAAGAUAACCAAUCAGCUGAAGGAACGAAUGAAACGACUGCGUUACCCACGCUACAAAUAUGUAUGUCACGCCAUGCUCGGUGAAAUCAACAACCAGGAUGUCCGUGCAGUCAGCCGAUGCGCUUGGGAUACCUGUGUGGACUCGUUUGCUCAGUACGAGUACCGAAACUGUUCCUUAUAUGGUAUUGGGCUAGUGUACGCGAUCUAUUUUGAGUGACGAACUCACGAGAGUGAGUUUUUGACAAAUAGAAUUUGUUACUUGUUAUAACCUACCGAUCCCCCCCCCCCCCCCCCCCCUCACCCCCACUUCACACCCGGCGAGAAGUCCUGUUUCCCUGCACCAAAUUACACUUUCGCCUGGUCUUAGGCUUGGUCUAGACCAGAGCGAUUCCCCAUUCUUUAUUACCAUCUCAUUAAUAAACAUUACCCAGAGAAGAAUAUUAUACUUUUCAUGCAUGGUAACAUAGUAGAAAAUCGUCAGUCACAUUUUUUUUUUUCUUACACUUAAUAAAGCUUAUUUACAAAAGGGAAAUAAACGCUUUUUUCAUAAAUUGCAUCCUUUGUAGCAAUAGAUGCGCUAUACAAAGAUAGCAGUGGUAAAUGCGAGCCAACCAUGGGCUUUUUAUAAUUGUGAAAUUUACUUUAUUACAUCUUAGCUGGAUCUCAUUUUAUGUCAAAAUUGUGUUACUUCCGAAUGACAAAUUACCGAACUAUCAUUGUAUAAAAUAAACCUGCCCGCAAGACCUAAUAAAAUUCACCUCCAAAAGGUCAGUUAGAGAGAUUUCAACGUAGAUUACAGGCAAAUCAAUGACCAGAAAAAUAAAAUUAAAAUUUUAAAUUAAAUAAUAAUUGUAUAUUUAUAA